UCUGUCCUUCGCCGUCAUUUUGGCAGCACAGGCAGCCACGGGAACCGAGAAAUUACCCCACGUUUAUUCUGCAAAUACUGGUGCUCAGGGACUUUCAAGAAAGCGGUGGGCCAUUGCAUCACGAGCGCAACUGUACAGACGCACUAAGGGGCGUCAUUCCCUGCAUCGAAGAUGCAUCGCUGCGCUGCCUGCCUGAGCUGUCUGCGACUGAUUGAGGAACCCACGUGGAUCCACGUCGCAUCGGCUGUUCUGCAGUCCCUUUAUAAGGAGCACCGCCUGUCCUUCGCCAUCAUUUUGGCAGCAGGGGCCGCAACGCGAACCGAGAAUUUACCCACGUUUAUUCUGCAGAUAUUUGGCGUCCUGCUGCUCGCACAAGCAGGAGGCGAAGAACCGGCUCUGCUAUCUGGAUACGACGGCGCACCACUUCCAAGCCACCAAGCGCAUCAUGUGCGCAUUGUGCACUUGGAAUCUACGCUCGGCGAUUUGCCUGGAAACAGGCCUGCCUCGGUGACUUCAUGCGCCGACGCUGAUCGCCACAACGUGAAGACGGCGCUGCUGGCAGACUGGAGUGGUAUAAAGACUGGACACCCCUCGACUCAAGCCAUAGGGCACGGCAGCACUGCCAGGAUGCAACACCUCAACCCGUUUGUUUAUCUACCGCAGGUGAGCAGGCGUUAUGAAAAAUGUAUUCGUUCAAAUUACCUAUGCCUAAUAGUGCUGCCAUGCCCUAGGCAGAUUUGUGUCCUGUGGAGUUACCUGUGUACCUGUAUCAAGAAAUUACAGUUGCUCAGUGGCGACAUUGAAACAAACCCGGGACCCGAUAUGAACAAGAUCAUGAAACAGCUUCAAGUAAUUGCAGAUGAAAUAAAAGAAGAACGUUUAAAAUCUAUUGAAGCAAAACUUGAACAAGUAACGUUACUGGAAAACAAGAUCACGUCCUGUGUCUCCCAAGUAACGAAUCUUCAAAAAACCGUUCAAUACUUGGAGUUAAAAAUAGACGACUUGGAAAACCGGUCUAGAAGGUCAAACUUACUUGUGUAUGGCGUACCGGAGGAGGCAGACGAACACCCCAAAACCCUCGAACAAACUAUAAGUGAGCAGAUACUUAAGAACAUACUAAAGAUCAAACCCGUUCCAAUAGACAGAAUGCACAGGAUAGGAAAACAAAACGCUCAAAAACCUAGACCAGUGAUGCUGAAACUCUUCGACUUCCAAGACAAAGUAACUAUUCUUAGAAACUGCACGAAACUAAAGAGCCCCACUUUCUCUGUUGGAGAGGACUUCUCAAAUAGAGUAAGAUACAUCAGAAAAAUGCUUUGGCAAAUUGCAAAAACCAAAAAAGAAGCCGGAGACAAAGUAUUUCUGGUCUAUGACAAGUUAAAAGUGAAUGAAGAUCUGUACCGAUGGGAUGACGAUACAAAUGAUAUCGUGCUCGUAAGCGCUGACCGUCACACCAUUAACCAUGACAAAACGACGAAGCGGAAGCAUCAGGCGAGCCACAACGCCGCAGCCAACGAAAGAAAUAACAUUUCUUACCAUAAACACCCGCAGCAUGCUUCAAAAAUUAGUACCGCUUGAAUCCUUACUUCUUGGAAUUGAACCUGACUUCGUAGCUUUGACAGAAACAUGGCUGACAAAUGAGAUAAAGGAUUUUCAGGUAACACCCCCAACUACGUCAUCAUUCGUAAAGAUAGGCAGACACGCGGGGGAGGUGUGGCCAUCCUACUUAAAAAAGAGCUUUCCUUUGAAAUACUUCCUGAGGUUAUCGGAGUCGAGGCAAUAUUUUGCAAGCUUCUCUUCACUUCUCG